CGUACAGUCGACAGUUUUGCUUGGCGUGUCUUGGGGGGACUGUUCCAGCAGAAGUCGAUGAGUAAAAGAACACUGUAAUGAAAGAAAGAGAACCACAGUCCAGUGAAUCAACAAUCUCUUGUGCCAUUGAUGUAUCAAUUGAGAGGUCCCAGGGUGUUGCUGACCAGUAGUGGCCUUCUUCAAGGGCUUGCUCUUGAUCUCCUGCCCUUGUCUUUGCUCGGAAGAUUGGUGAUACUUCAGAGUGGGCUUGGCCUAACACAAUAGCCAUUCGGUCUUCAUGACCACGUGCAUAGUGCCAUCGGAGUGGAGGACGUUAGUACACAAGCAUCGGAUUUGAUCGUGGCUUGAGCUGAAUAUCAAAAAACAGCCAAACGAUCGAUCAUCAGGCCCUUUGACCGCUCCUUCCUUCCGACUCUGCCUCCGUUCCUCUCCUCCUUCAACAUGGAUCGGAAUGAUGACGAUACCAUGAGACUUUACCACGUUUUCCAAAACUCUUUCAACAAAAUCACGAGCAAGGAUGGUGGGGUACCCCAGGGGCACAGUUUUCAGGGUAUGGAAGGUGACCCCGGGGUGGUCGGGUUUCCAGGUGGUACCUCGGUGGGCGGAUUCCCAACUGGUGGAGGACAUGGAGCCGAAAACUUCUCGCCAGAGUCACCUUACUACCCCUUUGCCAAUGCCCCCGGGUCAAGAGCGGGCCCUUCAACGGCAGGGAGCCGACCCAUCAAAAUAGACAAAGACGCAGAUGCCAGUGGGAACAGUCAAUGGUUUGGCGACGAGUUUGUCUCAAACUCGCCCAACAAUCGAUUCAUUCCUCAAAAGGUGGACGGGAGUGGUGGAGGGCCCCCGGGCUUAGCCAGCCUCGCCGCUUAUCAGGACAAUCCCUACUUCCUCGAUCAGGGUGCUCCUAAUGAUUGGCAGGGUUAUGGGCCCGGCGGGGGUUAUACCAGCACGGGAGGUGUGCCUGUACAAAACAUUCUGGGAGGUGGUCCCGGGGGAGUUCCAUUUUCUGGAAACCCCAGUGUCGACGGCAUGAUGUACGGAGACCAUGCCACCACAGCUGCAGGUGUCAGUAGUACGUAUAGCUCAACAGUGGGAACGCCCUCAGUAUCCUCACCGGCCUCGUUCAACGUCAAUGGUGGCAAUAGUCGGCAGCCCCAAAUAUCCGCGGCCGCCUCAAGUCAAGAUGUGGAUGACGCCCUUAAUGUUAUUGCCUCCGAGUACAUUGCCGGGGGCCUUCCACCCAUGGCCUCUAUGGCCCCUCACUCGACAAACGGAGUUGCUGCAGCUGCUGCAUUAGCGUAUGGAAGUGGCGCCCUCAGCGAUCUCUCUUCGGAUGGCAUGGGCUACCAACUUCCCCAUCAAUCCGACGGUGCCUCCACAUCAGCAGGGGGCGCCAAAAAACGAAAGGCUGACUCCGAAUCCGGAGCUGACCUCAAACCUAGUAGCUCGUCCGGCAGCAAGCGGGGUAAACGGCGAAAGGAACAACAACAACAACAACAACAAGCUCAAGACCUUCUCAAUGCCGAGUCGGCCGACGAGACAGACGACGGAGCUCCCCCUGAGGUCAAAAUGAUGCGAGAGAAAGAGCGACGAUCAGCCAAUAAUGCCCGUGAGCGCAUACGAAUCCGCGACAUCAACGAGGCGCUGAAAGAGCUGGGCCGAAUCUGUAUGUCUCACUUGAAGUCGGACAAGCCACAAACCAAGUUAGGCAUUCUCAACAUGGCUGUCGAUGUCAUCAUGAGCUUAGAACAGCAAGUGCGUGAGCGCAAUCUCAACCCCAAGGUGGCGUGUCUGAAGCGACGCGAAGAAGACAAGACCGACCACCAUCACCACCAAGCAGCUGCCGCGGCUGCGGCUGCGGCCGCAGCGGCUAGCAUGGGCUUCGCCCCCUCGCCCAGUUCAGGCCCCGGACCUUCCCCAAUGAUGGCCACCGGUCACGGAGGCCCAACUAGUCCGGGUGGUUAUGGUGGUGGAGGCGGGGGCGGCCCCUCCCAUAUUUAGCUACAAAUUGAUGACGCACAACCAACCAAUCAACAAAACCAAAACAAACACACAUUCGUGUAAACCAACAACAACCUUACCCGUUUCAUUCUAUCUACAGUUUUGCUCUCAACGAUCAUGAUGACCUGUGCCACUAGCAUUGCACCAACAAAAGCAACAGCAGCAGAGCAGCCAGAUAAGACUUCUGUUCUCGAAUUCAUUGCACUUGAACGCAACAUGAAUUUCCGAACUUGUGAUAUCGCUUUAUCUCCUCCUCUCUCUCUUUCUCUCUCCUCUCUCUCAUCUUCGGACGGCACGUCCUGUUUUGGAAACAAGCCAUGGUUCAUCCCCGAUCAUGCCAUCUUUUCCAUACCCACAGUGCAUGGUCGUGCCAGCAUAAUAGAAAAUCAAAGACUUUGCUUUGUCUACCAUUGAUAUUCCAUCGAGAUUCUUAUUCAUGUUAUCAUCAUUAUCACUAUUAUUAUUAAUAUUAUUAUUUUCAUCAUCAUCCCCCAUUACCUUUCACACUAGACACAAGAGAAGAAGAAAGAAAUCAGUUCUCUGCCCAAGAGGCUCUCAACCGUUUAGUGGAUCAGUGUAGUGAUCGAAGAGCCAUCGACAGACAACCAUACCGAGCUUCCUCUCCGCAGCCACGCAAUCUAUCUGUCUUGGUGGUGUGUAUGCGUUGCUGAAUCAAAAAUGAUCUCCUCUACCCCCUUCCUCUUUCCCCACCUUCUUGAUGGGCACCCGAAACAUGGGCGUUCGUUGUUAUGCCUCCAUCGUCGACGUUUGCUAUACACUUCUUAUUACCAUACAUCUUAAAGCCUGAACCUUCAAUUUGAGAGUUAUUCAGAGGGUUGAAUCCCAUUUCGAUUACUGCGAGUAUUUCCUGCAUUUCAAAGUCCAGAAGAAGAAAAACAAAAAAGCCUACAAAAGCAGCCAGCAACAUAAUCACGUCGUCUAAAUAUCAUUCUACAACCUUUGUCAUAUCAACUCGAGGAAGGGAUAACUUUUCAAGAAGACACACUUCGUCUUGAUCCAGUUGGUUAUCUGAAUGAAUUAAAACCAACGCCCAAUCAAUUUUGAGUCUAAUUUUGUUUUCGUUAUUAGAAAACACCGUGUACACAAACAAAAACGAAUAUAAGUCGUAUUAGUUCGAUUGUAGCUCCCGAUCAGCAUCAUAUCGCCGUCUGUAUUGUUAGCCGCCGAAACAAACACCUCCCCGCCCACCCUGGCCCCCUCGACCCGCCUCCUGUCCCUCUAAGUAUGGGCCCAUAUUUUCGGAGAAACCUGAGAAUGCAAUUCAGUUUUAACGUUCGUUUUUUUAUCUUCCUCUCGUGUCCAGAGCAUAAUCGCAUCAACAAAAUGAUUUUUCCUCCGAAAAACACCUACAAUCGAGAUUGAAUAAAUAUUCUAAAAAUCUGAA